AUGAGUGAUUUUGAUCACCUUAAGAUUCCAAUGAAAGAUUUGGAUCCUGCCAAGGUGAUUGGGUGUGGUAGAUUUGGGAGGGUGUACAAAGGAGAACUGUCUCUCCCAGAGGGACAAGUCACGGUUGCUUUCAAGCAAUUAGAUCGGAGACUAGGGCAAGGGAACAUCGAGUUUUGGAAAGAGAUCAUGAUGCUUUCCAAAUACAAACAUGAAAAUCUUAUAUCCCUUAUGCACUUUUGCAUCGACGGUGAUAAGAUGAUCCUUGUGUACGAGUAUGCUUCACAUGGGAGCCUUGAUCGAUAUCUAAGUGAUGCGAGUACUCUCACUUGGAUCCAACGCUUGAGGAUAUGUAUCGGUGCUGCACGUGGGCUACAUGAUCCUAUGGGGACACAACAAAGAGUUCUACAUCGAGACAUCAAAAGCGCAAACAUUCUUUUGGAUGAGAAAUGGAUGGUUAAGGUUUCUGACUUUGGGCUAUCAAAAAUCGGCCCGGCUAACCAAGCAUACACAUAUCUUGUCUCCAACGUUGUUGGCACGCCUGGAUAUUGUGAUCCAUUGUAUUGGGAGUUGGGUUUUCUAUCAAGAGUCUGA